ACAUUCAAUCAAAUAUACCCAAGCUAUAAACAUCGUGAUAUUUUGUAUAUCUUUUAUUUCGCAAUGGAUUUCACCGUCGCUAUUGUUGGAGCUGGUUUAAGUGGGUUGAGUGCUGCGAAGUGGUUGUGCGAAAAUGGCGCAUCUGUUACAGUUCUAGAGGCCAACGAUAGAAUAGGAGGACGUUGCUUUACAAAACUGGAUCCUAAGGUGGGAUAUGUUGAUCUUGGCGGAUCUUACAUUGGCCCCACACAAGACCAUAUUCUUCGAUUGGCAAAAGAUUUGGAAGUCGAAACUUAUUUAAUUAAAGAAGAGGAAGAUUUACUUCACUACAAUUAUGGAAGGCGAAUUCGAUCAAAAGAUGAUAACUUCAAACAUAAAAAUCCUUUCGCUGAUAUGGAAAUAAAGUAUAUUAUUAGACUUAUGGAUAAACUGAGUAAGGAGAUUCCUUAUGAUUCCCCAUGGAAUUCCCCUCACGCUGAUGAAUAUGACACCAUGACUUUUAAGGAGUUUUUGGAUAAAAAUUGCUGGACAAGUGAAGCCAAAACAUUUUUUAAGAAUAUAAUGAAUUUGAGCAUUACAUCUGACCCAUAUGAGGUAUCGUUUUUGAACAUGCUAUUUUACACAAAACAAUGUGGUGGAUUUAAGAGAUAUAUGGGUACUGAAAACGGUGCGCAGGAAAGAAAAUUCAAAGGUGGAUCUCAACAGAUAUGUGAAAAACUAGCUUUGAAAAUUAACGCCUAUAAAGGUUCGCAAGUUAUUACAAAUUCUCCAGUCAUAGGUAUAAAUCAAGAAUCGACAGAUUAUGUCACGAUAACAACCCUAAAAGGAGAAACUUUUAAGGCAAAAUAUGUCAUUUUAGCUUGUCCUCCAGUGGUUCAAAUGAAAAUUCAUUUCACUCCCCCCUUACCCCCUUUGAGAAACCAACUCCUGCAAAGGCUUCCAAUGGGCACUACUUUCAAAAAUAUACUCUAUUAUGAAACUGCAUUCUGGAAGGAAAAAGGUUUGUGUGGAACUAUAUACAUAGAAGGAGGUGAUGAACAUCCUAUGUAUUUAGCAAUGGAUGACACAAAACCUGAUGGUAGUUAUCCUGCACUUAUAGGUUUCAUUCCUGCAGACCAUUGUCGUAGCCUUCUUGAUUUAACUCCUGAACAAAGGAAAGAAAUCCUUGCCCGAAGUUUAGCUCAAGCAACUGGUUUAAACGAAUUUUUACACCCUGUUCAUUACGAGGAGAAGAACUGGAUGGCAGAACAAUAUAUCGGAGGUUGCUAUACAGCUAUAUAUCCUCCUGGCUUCUUUACUAGAUAUGGCAGAGCACUCAGACAACCUAUCGAUAGACUGUACUUCGCCGGCACUGAAACUGCUAUUUAUUGGUCGGGAUACAUGACUGGUGCCGUUGAAGCUGGUGAGAGGGCGGCUAGAGAAAUUCUGCACAGUCUGGGGAAAAUAACGAAGGACCAGAUAUGGAUAAAAGAACCAGAGUCCAAGGAUAUUGUGGCGAAACCAUUUACAUAUACUUUGUCAGAAAAGUAUUCUCCGUCUGUUGGACAAUUUCUGAAAUGGUUAGUUUUCUCGGGCAUUUUAGGAAGUGUCACAGUCGCAGCAGUGUUUGUAAAACGUUUCUACACAUGAAAUUAUAAAAUCACAUCUCACAUUUUACCCUUA